AAGGGUGUCCAGGUCAACUAUCCCACAGUCUCUUUAAGCAUUUCAUCUGGUCAGGCCCUGGAACUACUCCUGAGCUUCUGGCCCAGGACAUUGACUUUCAACAGGAUGAAGACUACAACCUGCUCCCUUCUCAUCAUCAUCUCACUUCUCCAGCUGAUGAUCCCAGUGAACACUGAGGAGACCUUAGACUCUAUCAUGAAGAAGCUCAAGGAAGCUCUCAGGGAUGGAGGUAACCGUCCCUCUACUGUGACCCAGACAUUCUCCUGCACUAGUGUGAAGGUAGGCAACCUUGCCUCCUGUCCUGCUGGGAUGAUUGCUACUGGAUGUUCUUGUGGCUUUGCUUGUGGAUCAUGGAAUGUCCAGAAUGAAAAUGUUUGCCACUGCCUGUGUCCAAUUAUUGACUGGACUCUUGCCCGCUGCUGCCAACUGUCCUGAGAAUGAGGAGGCUGAGAAUCUAGUUUUGAAAUGAUGAUUUUAAAGCAACUAUGAUCUCUCCCAGAAAGCCUGACUGAUUGUCCCUGUGCUGAAUUCCUAUUACACAGUAUUCCUGCUUCUUAAAUAAUAAAGACAGAUUUGCACUAAUCUA